CCCUCCCGCCGCACCUUGCAGUACCUCCGAAAGAGCUUUGGCGGCUCUGCCAGCAACCUUUGGGGAAGUUGCCCCCCAAGCCCCUAGUUUCAUGCGCCUGCCGGGGGGGAAGAGCAGCGCUCCGAAAAGAUUGGCAAAAUGAUGUGUGUGUUUGUCAUUGGAACAUUCCCUCCCCCUGGGGGAAGAGAGAUGAUGGCAGCGGAGCCAACUCAGGCACCGCCAUUCUCCUUUGAAGAGGUGGCUGUAUACUUCACGGAAGAGGAAUGGGCACUUCUUGAUACGGAGCAAAGAGACUUGUACUGGGAUGUUAUGCAGGAGAAUUAUGAAAACGUGGCUUCCCUGGCUGUUCCUAUACCAAAACCUGAGUUGAUCUCCCGGUUGGAGCGAGGGGAAGGGCCAUGGAUCCCAAAUCCCCCAGCUGUGGAUGAGAAGAAGCCAUGGAUCUCAAAUCCCUAUAUGUCCGAGGAAAAGAAGCCAUGGAUCCUAAAUCCCCAUCCUUCAGAGGAAAAAAAGAUCCCCGUAAAUAUAUGUGAAGGCUCUCUCUUACCCUUUUCCCACCUCUGUUCCACAGAGAUCACAGGGAAUAAUAUUUCUCUGGAUUCUUCAUCUAUCCCAGCAAGUGAGGUCAUAGUAAGGGAGAUCAAGGAGGAGACACCUGAAGAGGAAACCCCCAAACAAGCAGAGCCCCAGUGGACUUUACUGGGAUCGCCCACAGGGAAUGCUGGCCUGAACCCUGAGACCCGGUGUGGCUUGCAGAGGCAGUGGGAGAUGCAGGCAGGGAACAUGUGGCGAGAACCUUCCCGCCACCUGAGGGCUGCGAACUCCAAGAGGAGCAUGUUCCAUGUGGGGCGGAAGAAGCUUAUGUGUCCGGAGUGUGACCGGUGGUUCCACUGCAAAUCGGAGUUUUUGCUGCACUGGAGGACACACACAGGGGAAAAACCCUACGAAUGCCUUGCUUGUGGGAAGAGGUUCAUCCAGAGUUCCCACCUGAGUGCCCACCGACGUAUUCACACAGGAGAGAAGCCGUAUGAGUGCCCCAAGUGUGGGCGGAGCUUCAACCGCCGCUCCACCCUGACUGAGCACCUGAGAAUCCACACAGGUGAGAAGCCGUACAAAUGCCUUGAGUGUGGGGAGAGCUUCCGUUGGAGGCCAUACCUUACCAAGCACCAGAGGAUCCACAUGGGGAAUGCUGCCUAUAAAGGUCUGGACAAUGGAGAAGCCAUGUUUGAGAACUCAUCCCUGGCUGACCGUCAGGGAAUCCACACAGCAGCAGGCGUUGCCAUGGGGAGGGGAAAGGCAGAGGCUAGUCUCCAGCAUGCUGGGUCAGGCGAUCUUCAGGGGUCUGUGAAUAACCCAGAGCCUUCCGACCCCAAGCAAGUUGUGAAUGGUCAGCCAUUGGAGAGGCCUAUCAAGACCGAGGCAGAGCUGGCCCCGGACGGAAAUGAUGUGACCGAUGUCAGCCAGAUCAAGAUCAUCCAGGUGGAAAAGAAGCACGUGUGCCAUGAGUGUGGGAAAGCCUUCCAGUACAAGUUUGAACUGGUGAAGCAUCACCGGACCCACACAGGAGAGAAGCCGUUCGAAUGCCUGGCCUGCGGGAAACGUUUCUUCCAGAGCACGCACCUCAACGCACACCUGCGCAUCCACACGGGGGAGAAGCCUUACGAGUGCCCCAAGUGUGGGCGGAGCUUCAACCGCCGCUCCACCCUGACCGAGCACCUGAGGAUUCACACGGGGGAGAAGCCGUACAAGUGCCUCCAGUGCGGGGAGAGCUUCCGCUGGAGGCCGUACCUGACCAAGCACCAGAGGGUCCACAUGGGGGACAACACCUACAAGUACUUUGAGAACGGAGAGAGUCUCUAUGACAGUGCUGCUUUCCCUGAGCCUCCAGAAGGAAUCCACCCAGAAUAUCUGGUUUCUACGCCUGACAUGCUCUCUCAUACAGAACUGCGGGAACAGCCAUGGCUGCCAGACAAACGACGAUCCAAGGCAAGGCAGGGCCUCGGAAGCAGCUCUGAAGCUGAAGGACUGUUAGAGCCGUCCCAGGGUCCACCUGAGGGGGAGCCAGAGCAUGCGGACUCACCUCAAGGCCUCUCCCCAGCUCAUGAUGGAAUCGGAGCCAGUGAGUCUUGUGAUAGCAUGGUAACCGAACACCCGGAAGAAGAUCCUCAGCCAAGAAGCCCUGAGCUAGAAGAACUCAACAAUGUGUUACCAGGCAGAUCACCAGGAGAUCUUCCUCCAAAGCCCAGGGGCGUCCCUGAAAGUGGACUUGGAUCAGUGGAAGCCCCAGCAAAGGAAUUAGAGGAAUUUGCUCAGUGUGGGAUGGCUUAAAAAUCCCAGCUCUGCCCUUGACGCUGUUGGAGCCGCUGAAGGAGCAAGUGUUUGGAGGAUGGUAUGCCCCACCCGACCAAUUAGUCCAGAAAGAAAUAAAGGAAGCCUUCAGAGUUCACCUUGCAAGCAAUCUCUUUUGAAAAAAAAACUUGGAAAAAAACCCACAAAACAAUGUUCGCACUCUUUCGCCAGUAUUAAUGGCUGUUUGCCCAUCUAACCUGUAUGACACAGGGAAAAAGGGGGUUCCUUAGCUAAAUAUUAACACUUCAAGGGCCGCAUUUAUUUUUUUAAAACGAUUUGUAUCCAUUAAUGUGCAUGUCACCUAGGAAUAUGCUAAUAUUAUCACCAGAGGUCUGAGAAAGUUGUCAUUACGGUUAAGAAUUUAUCCUGAGAGAGAGCAGUGGUUUAGAUUUCGAGAGCGUAGAUGUUUCAGGCUUUGUGUAUUUUGCUGUUCUGCAGUUGGAUUGCACAAGCACACAAGCUGAGAGAAUUCAGCUUCCUUGAAGAACUUGGGCUUAUCAAGGUUCUAGCCCUUAAAGAGAUGCGUGAAAUCUGAAAAGCCAGUGGGUUGGGUAGGAUUACCAGUGGUCCAUGCGAUGGGAAUCGAGGCCUGCUAUCUGCCUAAACUCCUGAGUAGGAAAAGCAGAGUGAAUUAUGCAAAUGAAUGAAUAGAUGCAAAUGUGUUAAAGUUGCAUACUGUAUUUAGGCUGCAGAAUUCAGCUUUAGGGUGAGAGGCAGGGCUGCUGAGAAGCAGGGGACUAGGGCCACAAAAUUGUGGGGAGGGCAAGGUCACCGGGGGCAAGGGCUGGGCAAAGUGCUGCUUGGAAAUCACGAUGGCCUAUUUGGCCAAAUUUUGUGUAUGUGUUUCUGAAUGCUAAGGAGAGCCUAGCAAGAAAUUCGGGGGUGGGGGUGGGUUGUGACCACUCUCAGUAGCCCUGUGGGAAGGCAGACUUUGGCUACUUUGCUGUAUUAUUUUGGUAUAUUUAAAGAAUGAGGGGGUGUCAAAUAGAUUUGAAAGGGGUUCAUAUUAACCUCUUGAAAGUCUUUUUCCCAGGUUGGGAUAGAUUUAUCCACCAAGACCAUCAACACUGCCUUGAAUUGCUUGUUUCUUGAGGGCUUUUUCGUUACUUUCAGUUUUUCUGACGAAGACUUGAUUCUCGUGAUCAUGUUUCCCAUGGUAAAUUUUUCUUAUUAUGUAGCCUUGCAUUUCCAUGGGAUCGUUUAGUGUUUCGUACAUCCCUGUAUGCAGGGGGUUUUUUUCUGGGAAAAGAGGUGGCGGAACUCUCAAGAGGGAAAUGGGGAAGAAACACAAGGGAGUCUUUGAAAUCAUAUUAUUUUCAUGCCGAGUAUUUUCAAGAGGUGCUGGAACUCUGUUUCCCCACGUUCCCCCUGAAAAAAAGCCCUGCCUGUAUGGCAAGAACUGAGUCUUGCCUCAUCCUGUCAACUUGAGUAUUUUUUUAACAGCUGUCCAAGAUUGAUCUCAACCCUUGCCACUUGGGGGUGCCUUCGGAAGAAGCUCUUACCAUGCAGAAAUGAUGGCAAACGUCACACUGUGGUGAAAUUUACCAUCAGAAGCAAACACGAGAAUCAGGCCUAAGGUAUUUUGCAAUAGUCGAAGAAGUGAAAUCGAUUUUAAAACUAACACGACAAAAUAUAGC